CAGCAAGAUGACAAGGGAACAAAAAAAGAAUAACUAAAAUGAAUAAGUCACUGAAGCUAUCACUCUGAAUUUUCUAUUCCACGCAUUUUACACAACAGUAGAAUCUAGCGUGAAUGUGUCCAGUCACUCAGAAGUCGCAAUACUCACAUUCCAUUCAAACCCCCCAACUGCUAUUCCACUGGCAGCCCCUGUUCCCGCAAGACCAACGAAGUGCCCACUGCCAAUGUUGCUGGCAAAUAACGAGGCACCAACCUGUAGAUGGACACACAAAACCUUUAAUCAUCGCAUCUGAGACAGCAGUGCGUUGUUUAGUUGGAGUACCAUGGAGGGCUAACGGGUACCUACGCCUGAGCCAGUGCGACGGAGAUGCCCAUAGCCGCCACGGAAUCCAUUUUCAUUCGCUUUUGCACAAUAAACACAAGAUAUAUUUCCCUCUUAGUGUGACGGAAGAUAGGACAACACAAUGAAGCAUUUUCUAAGGGCACUGACACAGUUCUUCACUUUCCUGUACUGCAAAUUUCUCUGGAGAACCCUUAAGUUUGUGACAAGGAAGCUCACAGGCCGAUGUGAGCUCCAACGCAUUUGCUACAAUAAUAAGCCCGGCGCAAAGAGAACUCUUAAGAUCGAGCACUCUCUGAAGUCCUCCAAAAAUGAGGUCCUGCAGUCAGCUGUGGCAGCCAGCCCAGAUGCCGUGGAGCGGAUCGUGGACGAAAUCUUGGAUCUGAAGAGGAUCAGUCCAGAUGUGAACCUACAGCUGGGCAUCUCUCUGCAGGCCAGUCUGUUCCAGAUCGUGGGCUACAGGGGACUGGUGGCCGAGGUGGAGAAACUGCGUCGCGAGCCGUACGACUGUGAGAACACCGACCACGAGGAUAUGCUCCUAAGGCUGUGGAAGUCCCUCUCCCCAGAGGUUCCGUUAACUGGACGCAUCUCCAAACAGUGGAGUGACAUCGGUUUCCAAGGCAGCGACCCCAAAACUGACUUCAGAGGAAUGGGACUUCUGGGACUGCAUAACCUGCUGUAUUUUGCAGAGCAUGACAAGGCCACAGCCCUGCAAGUGCUCCAUGACUCUCAGCAACCCAAACACAGCAAGAUGAGCAAGGCGGAGUGGGAGAAGAACAGUUUUGACAAAGCCAUUGGGUUCUCGUUUGCCAUUGUGGGCAUCAACAUCACAGAGCUGGUCUACUCCCUGCUGGUGAGUGGGACUCUGAAGACCCAUAUUUACAACGUGGCGCCAGAGAUGCCCAGUUUGGUCCACUUCCAGCAGACCUUCUGUUACCUAAUGCAGGAGUUUCAUAAGUUCUGGAUCAGUGAGAAUCCAGGCGACAUCAUGGAGUUCAACCGCAUCCGAGAGAAGUUCCUGCGCAGGGUGACCAAGCAGCUGAAGAACCCCAACAUGGCGCUGUGUCCUCACUCUCCUGCCUCCGACCUCCAUCUCAUCAACCUGUGAUCUGCCCCAACCCUACCCACCCCCCCACCCCCAUCACUGCCAAAUGCUUGUGCCAAAAUCCCAUUUCAGUGCAUGCUGGUGAUCACUAUAUCCGUCAUUUCUAGUGGUGUAGGCCAACCGUGGUGGUUUAGACUUAAUUCAUCAUCAAAUAUCUUCUACGAAUCAGAUUCUUGUGAAAAAAACAAACAAACAAACACACAUGCCAGCUCAAAUCAAGAGAGGAAAUGUAGCUUAUUUUCUCUCUGCAGCCUAUACUGUAUUCUCCAGCCCAUGUCAUGGAAUGUUCAGUGUGUGGAAUAGGGUAAAUUUGCAGCUAUGAAUGUGACCGUUUUGGCUCUUUAUUGAUUUGAAUUGUAAUUGUUCCUCAUUGGGCUUCUGCAAAAGUCCAAGCCUUUGCAUAGAACGUCUC